AUGUUUGAGCUGAACGCCGCUAUAUGCUAUGCCUGGCUGUUGAUGCUGCUGAUUGGAGCAGCGGCAGCGAUUGAAGUGCAGACAUUCGGGCAUCUGUUCCAUCCACCACAACCGGAAGGGCAUUUAGUGCCCAAGAAGGAGGAAAAACAGGAUUUAAAUAAAAUACCUGGUGUGGCGGGCGUGGAUUAUCCCAUUUAUCACGAAGUCCCCCACACACAGUUCAGCUGCCACAAUGUGCCCGCAGUGCCGGGCAUGUAUGCCAAUGUCGAGACCGGCUGCCAGGCCUAUCAUGUCUGCCACGACGGCCGCGAAGGACACCAGGGUGCAUCCUUUCUCUGCACAAAUGGCACAAUUUUCAAUCAAAAGGAAUUUGCAUGCGAUUGGUGGUACAAUGUCAAGUGCGAGGAAGCCAUCAGUCUCUAUCACUUGAACGCCGAUCCAGAACACAAUCCGUAUGUCCCAAAAAAGAAGCCAAUACUGGAGGAGGAAGCGCAUGGGCAGCAUCACGACGCUGCUGGCUUUCUUAUACAUGCUUAAAAUAACCGUCUUUACAUUUUCCAAGUUUCCUUUU